AGCCCAUAUAGAUAUAUUUAGAUAGAUAUAUAUAGCACUGAUAUAGCGUCUAAGACAGUCACUGACGUUUAUGUGUUCAAGUGUACAGUGAACAUGUUUUCUAUGCGUGUGCUAUGGAGCCGUCUGCCAAGCGUGACUGGCGCUUUGACAGUACGGCCACCCUCAAGUCUGGCUCGUAUCGCUCAGCGUGUCUCAGCGACCACUUUUCACUCGCGAGAUACUAGCAUUGACUACCCGGAUGCUGGAGGAUCACCCGAGUACAAGAGCAUGUACCAGAGAAGUAUCGAUGAUCCGGACACUUUCUGGGGCUUAGCUGCUAAGAAGCAUCUGUUGUGGGAACGUCCGUACGAUAUCACGAGCUCAGUCUUCCUGGAGGAGGGGUUCAUCAGUUGGUUCCACGGAGGAAAGUUGAAUGCCUCGGUUAACUGUGUGGAUAAGCAUAUCAAAUUGCGCGCGAAUGCCACUGCCCUUAUUUGGGAAAAGGAUGAACCCGGUCAGGAAGAGCGAAUCACUUACCACAUGCUCUUGUCAAAGGUUUGCCGAAUGGCCAACACAUUGCGACGAGCGGGAGUGCGAAAGUACGAUGUAGUGACUCUGUACAUGCCCACCAUGCCUGAGGCUGUAUAUGCGAUGCUUGCCUGUGCUCGACUAGGAGCAACCCACAGCGUUGUCUUUGCAGGUUUUAGCGCGGACGGUUUGGCAGCACGAAUCAACAGUUCCAACUCGACUCACGUCAUCACCGUCGAUGAGGGUGUGCGUGCAGGCAAGAUUCUCCCAAUGAAGAAGACAGUGGAUGAAGCGGUGGCCAAGUGUCCCUCGAUCAAACAAGUUCUGGUCUGCAAGCGUACCGGCAACCCGGUGCCCAUGGGACCCAUUGAUCUCGACAUGAACCUGGAGAUGAAGAACUCACGCCCGUAUUCGACAGCCGAAGUGAUGUCGUCGGAGGAUCUAUUAUUUUUGCUGUACACGUCCGGAUCUACUGGCGCUCCCAAAGGCAUUGCCCAUUCGACUGCCGGAUACUUGCUGUACGCCUCCAUGACCCACAAAUACGUAUUUGACUACAAGGAGGGAGACGUGUUCGCAUUCUUUGGUGACUUGGGAUGGAUUACUGGCCACUCAUAUGGAGUUUACGGUCCGCUCAUGAACGGAGGAACGUCAGUACUGUUUGAAUCUACUCCCGCCUACCCUGACUACGGGCGGUUCUGGGAGACAGUUGAGCGUCUUAAGAUAAACCAGCUAUACACCAGUCCCACCGCUAUCCGUCUGCUAUUACAACAAGGCGAUGAAUGGGUCAACAAGUACGAUCUGUCGUCGCUUAAGACUCUUGGUUCAGUGGGUGAGGCUAUCAAUCCCGAGGCUUACAACUGGUACAGAGAUGUUGUCGGCAAAGGCAGAUGCAGCAUUGUUGAUACCUGGUGGCAGACGGAAACCGGAGGAAUCAUGAUUUCGCCAUUGGCACACGAUAAGGAUACCAAGGCCGGAGCUGCUACACGCCCAUUCUUCGGAGUGAUUCCUUCUAUUCUGGACCCCAAUGGCAAUGAGCUGGAGGGUAAUGAUGUGGAGGGUGUUCUGGCAAUCAAGACCGCCGGACCAGGUAUGGCCCGUACUAUCUACAGACAGCACGAACGGUUCUUGGAGACGUAUCUAAAACCGUUCCCAGGUUACUUCUACACUGGCGAUGGUGCCAAGCGCGACAAGGAUGGUCACAUCUGGAUCACUGGUCGCGUUGACGAUGUACUCAAUGUGAGUGGACACCGUAUAGGUACUGCCGAACUAGAGGCAGAAAUCAACAGCCACCCACUCGUCGCAGAAAGCGCGGUUGUCGGCAGACACGACGACAUCAAGGGCCAAAGUGUGUUUGCAUAUGUCACACUCAUGCAAGGCACCAAGCACAAUGAUCCUGCGGCCGAAGCAGAUAUAGUGACCGAUCUAAAGAAAAGAAUCUCGGCGAAGAUUGGAGGGUUUGCACGCCCGGAUAACGUUAUCUGCAACAACGAUCUGCCGAAAACCAACUCCGGUAAAAUCAUGCGCCGAAUCUUGCGCAAGGUGGCUGCAGGUGAAUAUACCGAAAUUGGAGAUAUCUCCACUCUGAACAAUCCCGAUUGUGUUGCGAAUCUGAUUGAGAAGAGGAAGAAGAUGGACAAGUAGGUAGGCUAACUCUUCGAAGAAAGAAACUAGUUGGGCAGCUGAAGAGGAGUGGAACGACGUCUGUCUGGACAUAUAACCAAGGCAUACGACAAGGUCGCUCUCCCACGCCUAUGGGAGCUAUAUUUAUCAAUGGCUACUCAGAGUAUGAACCAAAUACACCCUAUCUCGAGAUUCUAAUUGAGAAUGACAAACUGUAAAAUUCGGACUUGAACAUUCCUGUUUUGUGCCGAGAAUUAAUAAAUCAGAAGCGAAGACAGUCGCACCCAUAGGUCUAAUGAUCUAAAUAAAUUAGAAAAUGACCAUCUCGAUGUGAGAUUUGAGAGUAUAUUAGAAGCCUGGAGAGAAUGAAAAGGUCUUGUCCAGCUUCCUAUUUAUGAGUCGCC